AUGCCCAUCCUUAUACCCAUCUUCAUCCUCCACAUCCUCCAUCCACAUCCUCUUCCAACAAGGACGUCUGGCCAGGCCGUUAGCAAACUCAUUGCCGCCCAGCUGGACACCAAACAGCCCCCGAAAAAGAAGCUCUCGAAGAAGGAGAAGGCCCGACUGGAGGCCGAGCAGGCCGAGCUUAUGCGGAUUGAAAUGGAGAAGGAGAAACUCAAGAAGCUGGAGGAGGCCCGUCAGCGGAAGAAGCUGGAGAUGGAGCAGGCGAAGCACCGGCAGCAGCAGGAGGUGGCCGAGAACCGGCUGCGGAGGUCGCAGCUCAAGGACAGCAUGCUCUUCUUCGACGCGGUGCGCACGGCCAUCGAGGCGAUCAAGGAUGGCGAGCGGCACGAGCGGGACUGGGAGAAGUUCAUGCGGUGCAACGGGCUGCCGAAUGCGGCCAGCCCCAGUGAUCUGAGGAAGUACAUCCACCAGUGGCACACGGACAUCGCCAAGCGGCAUCUGGAGUCGCGCAAUUGGCUGCUGCGCACCGACGAGCGCACCCUGCUCACCCAGGAUGCCCAGGUGCCGGAUCUCACGAGGAUCUCGCUGCGCCAACAGCAGGGACGACUGGGCGAUGUCUACUCGCAGAGGAUCCAGGAGGUUUUGGGUAUCCUCAACGAGUUGGACGAAAUGCUGCCAUUCAAGCAAAAGUCCGCCCUUAUAGCCGCCGAUCUCGUCAAGCUAAAGACCGAGAUGAGGGUGUUCCUCAAGCAACAUUUGGAUGAGUUCACCUACAAGACCAUGUCGCAUAUUGAAAGGGAUAUGGAAAUCGAUAGGCCUGGUGUUUCGAAGCACAUCUACAACUCGGAAGUGUUCCAGAGUUUUGUCUGGACCUUCUCCAAGGAUGCUCAAAUUGCCCUCAAUCCAAAGGCCCGAAUUGGUGAACAGUCUGCUCAUAACGAGAUCGAUUUCCCCACCAUCGAAAUGCAAAUCUCAUUGCCACCCACGGUUUAUCUGCAGAGCUCAGCUUUGCGGGGUCUCCGACUGAACUACGAUCACUUUAGUGAUUACUGCAGUAGUUACUGCUUGAAACACGCAAGAUCGGCCAAUGCAAAUAUCCUGCGGCAAACGAAGCGGGAGUGGCGCAAGCGCAAGGAGAUCCUGCAGGCUAUGCUGGAUGAGUGCGGCAGGGAGAUUCCGCUUUCGGAGCUGGAGCAGCUCACCCAGGAUCAGCACUCGGCCAGCUCCCAGCCGCCGCGGGAGCGCAGCUACGAUGUGGACAAGCUGUAUGCGGAGUACGAGGAUGAGCUGAGCAAGGCCCAUCGCAGGGCCAUCGGACCGGAGGCCUACGGAAUGCUGGAGACGGAUGUCAAUCUGCGCAAAUACCGCAUCAUCGGCGGUGUCUACUGCAUUGACUUUCUGGAAACUCCGCAGCAGGACAAGCAGCUCAAUGCCAGGUCCUUCAUCCGCACCAUCACUUCGGCUAACAGCUUGGUGCACAAGGAAUACUACCAGACCUACAAGCCACCGCCUCCAGUUUUGCCGGGAGUGCGACGAUUGCCCGAGGAGAUUGAGGCUGAGAUGAGGAUGAUUGAGGCGGCGCUGGACAAGCUGGCAUUGGUAACGCUGCAAUUACCGGAUUCGGUGAUUUGGUUCGAGCCACCUGUCGCCUGUCGCUGGGAAACGAAUGUGGAGACCUUGGAAAUGGAGCUGGCCGAUGGCAUGAAACCGGAGGUGGCCAAGAAAUCGCCGCCGGGCGAGGCAGGCGAUGCAGAUGAUGGCGAUGCCACGAAUGCGGUGAGUGGUACGGCGGCUGCCACCACGGCCACGCCCACCGAGGCCACGCCCCUGUCGACCCACGCCCAACCCAGUCCCCUGAAGAGUUCACCCCGCUGUCCACCGGCUGCCCAAGCCCAUCGUUUGCGUUCCCAGAAAUCGGAGAUUUCCAGCAGGCAGCAGGUGCUGCGUGAAAUCAACGACUUCGAUCUGCGUGCCAUUCCCAGCGAUGUGGAUUUGUAUGGUCUGGUCAAGGACUUUGUGGUUCCCCGGUUGCCCCAAGGAUUCUGCGUGCGGCUGGAACAAUCGACGCCGAUUAUGUCGACGGGCUUGCGAAAGCGCAAAGUGAUGUUUCUGGCGCGACAGGCACACGUUCGUUUGGGUCAGGGAUUGGAUUCGGAUUGGGCUGGGGUGAAUGUCAACCGGGAUCAACUGACGAUGGCCCAGGAGCCCAAAGGGCUGGGAGCCGAGUUUCUAGACACCGAGGAGCCUGCGGAGCUAUUUCCGCCCCUGUGCUUCGACAAGCUACUGAAGUUCCGGCAAAUGGCACCGCGUUCCAAGACACUCGUCCACCAUCCAGGCUAUCUGUUCUCCCAGCUGAUCGAGGACAUGGAUCGUUUGUGGCGCCUCCAGCUGCCCAGGGAUCAGCAGGAGGAGCUCAUCCAUCAGAUUUCGGAGCAGCUAUCGCCCACCGGUUCGCGAUCGAGUGAGGCGGGAGUGAGGGAGGCAGAUGGAGACGAUGGAGGCGAAGCGAUGGCGGAGAAUAUGCAGCCACUUAGCCAGGAGCUGGUGGAUGUCCUGCAGCCCGCGGCAGCCGCCGCCGCCUUUGCCUACUACACGGGCAUCUCCUUUGUCCGGGACUCACAGCUGCCGGCGGAACCGGAACCGGAAGCCGAUCGCAAGGAUAAACGAUCGAACAGCAUGGAUAGCAGCGAGGAGGACGACGACGACGACGAUGAUGUGGACAGCCUGGUGGAGCUGCUCGAAGGAGGCGCCUCCACGGCGGCCAACACCCUGCACGAUCUGCUGGGUCCGCCGACUAACAGCGAGAAUAGCGACAGCGAAAGCAAACAGAAAAUGAGCAAUGCGGCAGCCAUAACGCAGGGCAAGUGGAGCACCCGCGAUGUCCACGAUACCAAGUUCAAUGAGGACAAGCUCUCCAUACAGUUUCGAACAGGAAGAUUGGGUAUUUUUGGUUUCGCUUUGAAUAAAUACAGCAAUAUGCCCUAUCAAACUUGGGACCUGCGGCCAGAUAUGAAAAAUCCCGGCACGAUAAUCUUCAGUUUCACCGCCUCACUGAUCAGUUUGGAUAUGACAAUAACCGAAUCGGGAUAUACGGUGAAUAAUUUCCAGGGAGGCAGCACUCAGGGCAUUACCGAUAUGAUAGGAAAGACCCUCUCGCUGGCGGAUCUCAAGGCCAUGCUGAUCCUAUCCGCCGUGGACAUUUUCCCCGACGAAGAUGCCUUCUGCUAUACGGAGGGAUCCUGCGAGAAGAACUACGUGAUGGAGAUGCACUGCUAUGCGUGUCUCUCCACCUUGGCCCAGUCGCACAACUUCAGUUGGUCGCGAUGGAAUCUUUUGGCCGGUUCCCGGACGGCGGUCCUUCUCGUUCGCGAGCUGAUCGAGGGCAAGAAGGUGCCGUACUACUCCACUCUGUUGGUCACACCACUGAAGACCUCGAUAAUCGAUUGUACGGAGGUAUCGGCCAGCUUCAAUGCCGUUGGCAUUCCGGGCAUGGAGUACUAUGCCGAUCUGUAUCAGCUAUCGCAGGCCCAUGCGCAGCCGGGGAGCCUGGAGAAGCAGAGGACCAUGAGUCCCGUGCUCAGGGAUAAUGUGGCCAAGAUUCUGAUGGCCAUUCGACCACUUAGCUUGUGUUGA